AUGUUGAUGACUUACUUUUUUUUUUCUACAUCUAAUUCUUUCCAUUUAUCGUCCUUUCCUUUCUACGGUUUGCGUCUCUCCUCUUUCCGAAUUUUCUCUCUUUUAUACUUUAUAUACUGUUAUGUUUCUUCUUUACUUUCUACAUUGAUAUCUCCUACUUGUUACGUCUUUUUCUUUCUUUCUAUGUUACAUUUCUUUCUUUCUUUCUUUCUUUCUUUCUUUCUAUGUUACAUUUCUUUUUUUCUUUCUUUAUUUCUUUUUUUUUCUUUUCUUUCUUUCUAUGUUACAUUUCUUUCUUUCUUUCUUUCUUUCUUUCUUUGUUACAUUUCUUUCUGUCUAUGUUACAUUUCUUUUUUUCUUUCUUUAUUUCUUUUUUUUUUUCUUUCCAUCUUUCUUUGUUUUUUUUUCUUUCUAUGUUACAUUUCUUUUCUUUCUUUCUUUCUUUGUUACAUUUCUUUCUUUUUAUGUUACAUUUCUUUUUUUUUUUUUUUUUUCUUUUUUUUCUUUCUUUCUUUCUUUCUUUCUUUCUUUUCUUUCUUUCUUUGUUUCUUUUUUCUUUCUAUUUACAUUUUUUUUUCUUUCUUUCUUUUUUCUUUCUUUCUUUCUUUUUUCUUUCUAUUUUUAUUUCUUUUUUCUUUCUUUCGUUCUAUGUUACUUUCUUUCUUUUUUUUUCUUUCUUUCUCUUUCUUUUCAUAUAUUGCAUUUUCCUUUUUAUUUACUGUUUCUUUCUUUCUUUCAUUUUCUCUUUUUUCCUUCUUUCUUUUUCUAACAUUUGUAUCCCAUAUUUCUUCUUUCUUUUUUUUUCUUUCUUUUCUUUCUUUCUUUUUCAUUUUUUCUUCCUAUUUAUUACAUUUUUCUUUCUUUCUUUCCUUUUCUUUUCUUUCUUUCUUUUUUCCUUUUUUUAUUCCCAUAUUUCAUUUUUUUCUUUCUUUUCCUUUCAUUCUUUUUUUUUAUAUUACAUUUUUCUCUUUUCUUUUCUUUUCUUUUUUCUUUUCUUUUUUCUUUAUUAUUUUCUUUUCUUCAUUUUUUUCAUUACAUUUUUCUAUUUUUUCUUUUUUUUUUCUUUCUAUUUUUUUCAUUUUUUCUAUUUUUCUUCCUUCUUUUCUUUCUUCUUUCUUUCUAUUUCUUUUCUUUCUUUUCUUUCUAUAUUUUCUGUUUUCUUUCUUCUUUCCUAUAUUUAUGAUUUUUUUUCUCUUCUUUUUUCUGUUUUCUUUUUUCCUAUAUUACAUUUUUUUCUUUCUUUUUUUUUUUAUAUUGAUUUUUUUUCUGACGAAGCUACAUUUCUUUAUUUUCACUUUUUUCUCCAUUUUAUCGAUCUUGUUUUGUACAUUAAUUCUUUCUUCUUUUCUUUUGUUCAUUUUGUUAUAUUACGUUUGUUUCAUUCUUGUUAUCUUCUCUACAAUAUACUUCAAUCAUUCAUCAAAUUUAAUUCCAUUUUCUUUACAUUUCUUUCUUUUCUACAUUAUAAGUCUUUCGUUUUUAUUCUUUUUUCUUACAUUUCUAUAUUAUGACUCUUUCUUUUUUCUUACAUUUUUCACUUUUCUUACAUUUUUUUCUUUUUUCUUACAUUUUCAGGCUCUACAUUUCGCUUCUAUCUUUGAAUGUUAA